UGAGAAAGAACUUGAGUAAUAAAUGAUUAUUGAAUAAUGAAUCUGUGAUUAAAAAAUUAAAAAAUGACUGUUAUUGUUGACAAAAUUAUAAAGAGUUUUGCAUAUAAAGCACAUUUAAAAUCUUUAUUAUUAACAAGAAAAGUUUUAAAUCAACAACCAACUGUGUAUUUAUCGAGCACACCGGUUCGUCAUAAUCCUAAAUACAUUGCCAGACGGGCUGUCCUUUAUGUACCAGGUCAUGAUGAAAGGAAAAUUAAAAAAAUUCCUGCCUUGAAUGUAGAUUGUGCAGUACUUGAUUGUGAAGAUGGUGUUGCAAUUACAAAAAAGGAAGAAGCAAGGCAUAAUAUCCGAAGUAUUUUAGAUGAGAUGGAAUUUGGCAGAACAGAAUGCUCUGUAAGAAUCAACUCUGUUGAAAGUGGACUUGCUGAAGAUGAUUUCACUGAAAUAUUUAAAGCUGUUAGAUUACCUCCAACAAUUAUGAUACCUAAAGUAGAUAAGAUUCAACAUGUAGAAUGGGUAGCCCAACAGAUUAAAAAACAUCUUAAAAAUCGGCAGUUGCCAGAUAAAUUUCGUUUGAUAUUAUUUGUUGAAAGUGCACAAGGACUUCUGGAUUUAAGAGAUAUUUGUAAAAGAGCAGUAGAGUUAUCAAAUGAUUAUCCUUUUGUAUUAGAUGGGCUUAUAUUUGGUUCAGAUGACUACUGUGCUGAUGUAGGUGCCACUAGAACUCCAGAAGCUAUUGAAUUAUUGUUGGCUCGACAACAAAUUGUUCUUAUUGCAAAAUCAUUUAGAAUACAAGCUGUUGAUUUAGUAUAUAUUGAUUAUAAAGAUUUAACAGGUUUAAAAAAACAAUCAAUUGAAGGAGUUCGGAUGGGAUUUACAGGAAAACAAGUAAUACAUCCUGGUCAAGUGCCUGUUGUUCAAGAAGCAUUUUCUCCAUCUGUUGAAAGAAUUAAUUGGGCAAGAGAACUUAUCAAAUUGUUUGAAGAACAUCAAAUAUCUGGAAAGGGAGCGUUUACAUAUAAAGGAACAAUGAUCGAUAAACCUCUUCUCCUCCAAGCACAAAAUGUCUUACAAAUGGCCAAAUUAGUAGAAGGAAAGAAUAAGCCGUUCCUCUAGUUUAGUAAGAUGAAUCUAACUAAUAAUUUCUGCAAAUCUUGAAAUUGAAUGUGUUUGUACUGUAUUUUUUAUCAACAAUUAUUUUCUUUUUUGAUAUCAUUACUUAAAUUUUAAAUAAGAAUUGAGAGUUUUUUCAUGCAGUAAAAUUUUGAUUAAAAUUUUUUAUUGCAUUGCAUCUUAAUCAUGGAUUUUUUUAAAAAUACUUUUUAAUGAAUACUGCUGUGAAAGUUUUUCUGUAUUCUAAGGAUUUGUAUAUAAAAUAUAUGUAUAUUUUAUAAUUUGAUAAUGGACAGCACGCUAAUCGUUUAUUACAAAAACUUUUAACAUAUAAGCGUUAAAUUAGACACCUAUGUCACUAAAUUGACGAGCGCUUUCGACGAUAUACACUUUCGUCUUCUUCAGGUCAUUAGAACCUUUUUUGAAUACAAAAUUUUUAAAAACAUUCCAAUCUUAAAUAGCAAAUUUGGAAUGAUAGCAACGGUAGAAUAUAAACAGAUAUUUAAAUAAAAAUAUGCGCGGUAGAAUAUAAACAGAUAUUUAAAUAAAAAUAUGCGCGGUAGAAUAUAAACAGAUAUUUAAAUAAAAAUAUGCGCGGUAGAAUA